GGCCAGGGAUCACCCCCCCCAUCCCUCGUAGCCGUCUUGGCUCAAGUGAGCUUGCAACCCGCACAGUAUUCCAUGUGCCACGCGCGGUAGCGCUUGGUCGCCGUGGCCGCUGCCGCUGCGCACCUCCAUGGCACUGACACGUUGACGUCGCACGCUUUGUUCGCACGCCCAUGAGCUCGAGAGCGUCGUUCUUGUGGCCAGCCCAGCCUACUGCUAUUCCGAUGCUCCCAGCCACAGCGGUACACAGUCCUGCUCGCGGCCUGCUGCCAUAUCGCGGCAGCGUUGGUACACAGUCUUGCUCGCGCGCUGGCAGUGCAGACAGCAGUGGCACGGGGCUCUGCGCUGUCCACCGCUGGCCCGGCGCCCAGAGGCGCAAGCCCCCGGCUUCGCUGCACGACGGCGGGCAUGGGCUCUUGCUCGGCCGAGGCGCCCAGUGAGCCCGCGUGCCUCUCCGUCAGCCUGCAGCAGUACCCGCAGGUCGGCGGGCACUGGCUCGGGCCGCGAGUGCCCGAGACGUGGCGCCGCAUGGAGGGCUUGACCAGUCCUAGCUAUGCAGACAGCGCCCCUGGUCAACAGGAGGGCGUGCACUGCUCCCCGCUGAUCUUGAACAUCGCGCCGGUGAGGUCUGGCACAAGCGACGUGUACAGCCGAGUGAUGCCGCACCCGAGCUUAGUCUUGGCACAGCAGGCAGCCGAGUUGGACGCCCUAGACGGAGCUGUGAACGACCACAAGGAGCCGAAGUAUUGGCCCUACGCCCUGGGCAACAAUCUUUCCAUUGAGGUGUAUUCGAAGGUGUACAUAGACCUUGAAAGUUCUGUCGCCUCCGAUGGGAUCCAGAAUGCGGAACGUGUGCGGCUGCGCAGCCUCGACUUCUCCGCCAUGAAUUUCGACGCGAACCGAGCCCUGAUUCAAGCCGUGCUGCCAGAGGCGAGGUUCGUGGCCUUCUUGCGCAACCCCAUCGAUCGUGCGACCUCUCAUUGCAAUUUUGAAUUCACGAAGCACGUGAACACGUUGAAGUUCGCAGAUAUGUACAAGGUGAGGAGCGCUGACUUAUUCCACGAGAACGCUUUGCAGGUUGCGGAGAAGUUCAAAGGCUGUUCGUCGGAAGGCCACACCGCUUGGGAGUGCUGGCAGAUGUCGAACAGGUACGGGGUGGCGGGUUGCAAAAACUGCCGCAAGACUGCCACCUCUGUGCUCGACAGCCUCUACGGCGCAUUCCUGCCCUGGUUCCAGGACUUCUGCCCAGAGGACAACUUCUUCGCCCGUCGCCUGGACGACAGCGACUUCGGGCUGGACCACAAUCGAGCCUCGGGCGACGGAAGCAGGCCUGCUGAAGUUCAUGGGGCUCGGCGACGCAGAGUUGCCGGCGUCACUCGCCAGGAAAGCACAGAGGAAAGCACAUUGGCACGUCAAGAGUUUAGAUGCAGGCUACGUCCGGAUGCACAACAUCACCCGUGCAUUGUUGCAGGAGUUCUAGGAUCCAUAUUUCGAAUGAUUUCAGCAGGGCUUUGAUGAUCGGAGCCUUGCGUGGUGGUUGCACGGAGAGGGAAGAAAAAAGGACUCUCCAUCCUAGCAGCAAGGGUUGCGGCAGAGAGCGCCCCCCCCUCCUCGACGGCAGGAGCUUCAGGAUAACAGCCGGCCGAGGGGCACGCCGUCGUUGUUGUUGCUUGCCCAUAUUCCCACUCAUAUAUGUCCGCGUCCCGUGGCUGGCCCCAUGCCAACUCCUUCGUUUUGCG